AUGCUUAUUAAAAGGGGGCAUCAACAAUUGUGUGAUGCUCUUUUCGGUGCAGAGUCCAAAGGCUUAGGCGGUAAUAGUAGCGAUAUGAGUAAUAUAACUCUCGCUGAAGAAAACAUAAUAGUAGCACAGGAGCCCGAGAAAUUAAUAAUUUCUAAUAGUGGUCUCAUGUUUCUUAAUGCAAGCACAGAUUGUUACCAAUUAGGUACUUGUGAGGACAGAAAAUAUCCAAAACAAAAUAUUGAGCUGAGUAAACCAAUUACAUGGGUCAAAAUUUCAGGUACUUUUGCGGGAAUAUUAUUAUUAGGGUUCAUUAUUGCUCUAGCCAUAAAAUUAAAUAUGGAAAGGCAGAGAAUAAAGCAUUUCAGAGGGUCAGGUGAUAUAUCUAUUAUUACUAGAGAUGAUCCUGAAAGCUUACCUCUAAGAGAAAGAUACAGAGAAUCUAUGGAAAACCAACCUGUUCCUCAAUACACCAGAACUGCCGGCGAAAACUCCAACGAUUUGGGGUACUAUGACAGUAAUGGUAUGUUCCACUUUAAGCAAGGUAGACAAAAUAGGCCUGACGAUAGCAUACCAGGUAUUCUCAGAAGGAACAUAGCCAUACCAAAUUACGGUCCACUGAAUGACAAUGAAGUGGAAGUAUAUCUACAUGCACCGCCACCAACUUAUCAACCAACUUAUCAGUUAAGUAGCGUUUAG